AACUCUCCUGAAAGACCCACUGAUAUGCAGCUGGACUCCACUGAACUAGCCUGGACAAUCAGAAUGGCGGGCUGCUUUUGGAUGCUGCAGUUAUGUUUCCUUACCUUCUCUCUCCAUCAGUCAGAGCAGUCAGUAUUUUGGCCGGCUUCUAAGGCAAAUGAAGUUAUAGUAAGAACGAAACGUGCCAGAUCAUUUAUUUUGGAGGAGAUUUUAAAGGGGAAUUUGGAAAGAGAAUGCUUCGAAGAAAAAUGUGUUUAUGAAGAAGCAAGAGAAGUCUUUGAAAACAAUGAAAAGACUCACACAUUUUGGAGCCAAUAUAUGGGUGUUUCUACAGCUGGCACUCCAUGUAUGUCCCAACCCUGCCUGAACAAUGGAAUAUGUCAGGAUUACAUCCGAAACUACAUUUGCAUCUGCCUCGAAGGGUAUGAGGGAACAAAUUGUGAAUAUGCUAAAAAUGAAUGUCAUUCCAAGAGAAGUAAAGGAUGCGACCACUUUUGUCGUCCAGGGCAGGAAUUUUAUAUGUGCAGUUGUGCAAAGGGUUAUAAACUUGGAAAGGAUCACAGAUCAUGUAUUCCAAAUGAGAAGUGUGCAUGUGGAAUCCUCAGUUCUAAAAGUAAUGUGACAUUGACGGAUGCCAAGCUGACUCUCCAAAAUUUUCCAUGGCAGGUCAAAUUAACAGAUUCACAAGGAAAGGACUUCUGCGGUGGUGUUAUAGUACAGGAAAAUUUUGUGUUGACUACAGCAAAAUGUUCACUCCUACAUGGAAACAUCAGUGUGAAGCUAAGUGAAGAUGGUAUACCAGGAGCCCCACUAGAGAUAAAAAUAAAGAGCAAGCACGUGCAUAUGAGAUAUGAUCAAGAAAUGGGGCAGAACGACCUUGCACUGCUAGAGCUUAAUGAGCCCAUUCAAUGUGGUAGCAAUGGACUUCCCAUCUGUGUCCCUGAAAAGGAUUUUGCAGAACACAUUUUGAUUCCAGAGAAAAUGAACGUUGUCAGUGGCUGGACAUUCAAUGGAACAGAACUGAGUGAUUCGUUGAUUGACUUACCCAGUGUACAUUUUGAGAAUGAGAAAUGUGAAGAAAUACUCAAUGUGACAAUUACAACAAGGCUAUUUUGUGAGAAAAGCAAGGUAACAGUGGACUGGCAGUUGGUAGAAGGAAGUAUUGUCAUGGCUGAACAUAAAGGAACUUGGUUUUUGAUUGGCAUUAUGGUCUCUCUACCAACUGAAAAGCUGGGACCACUAUAUCUUUUCACCAAGAUUUCAAGAUAUUCAAUGUGGUUUGAACAAAUAAUGCAAUAAUGGAAAAGCAACUGAAUAGAAAGAAUAAACUCUAUGGAAAUGUGAUCCUGAGUUGAUCAUAAAUUGGCAAUAUUGCUACAGAAUUUUACACUUGGAAUAUCCUUCUCCUCUCCCAAACCUCAUUUCUUCCUGGUGCUCAUUCUUUAUAGCUCAGCUAACAUGCCAGAUCUAGUUUAAAAACAAAACAAAACAAAACAAAAAACCCCAACUCCUUCCAUCCAAUCAGAAAUUAUCUUUCUUCAGAUCUCACCCUCCAAGAGGGCAAGAAAUGUGUCUAAUGGAUGUUUUAAUCUCCCCCAGUGCCUAACAACAUGCUUUCUAGUAAUUAAAAAUUUGAUGAACUGAAUUAGCAGAGAUACUGUAAAACAGAUCUGGUAGAAAGCUGUGUGCUAUUUAUUUCUUUUUAGUUUGCUUUACAAUUCAUAUGAGAUGAAAUUAAAUUCUUUUAAAACUAGUAAAAUUCAGGUAUCCUCUAAAAUGAAAUGUUUACUAAUAACUACACAUACUAAAAAGAUAUAAACAGUAUUAAUCAAAGUACAUUUUUAAAAAGUGCCCUGUUUCAAAUCCAUAAAUAGAAGAAUAAAGCAUACUUUUUAUCUUCCA